AUGCGCGAGCGACCCGGCCACUCCGGUGGCCUAGGGCGCAUGCGCGAGAGACCCCUCCACGCCGGUGGCCUAGGGCGCAUGCGCGAUCGACCAUCCUCGUUGCCCUGCAGACAGACGCCGUUUGCGCGUGCGCGCCUCCUUGGCGCCAAUGCCCCCCGGGAGCCUCCGCCGCCCACCCGCGCACGCGCAGUCCGCAGGGUCUCCGGGCAGGCGGGACGCGCCGUCCAGUACAGCGCCAACAUGAUCGGCCAGAAAACCCUCCACUCCUUCUUCACCCCGGGCGCGCCCGGGAAACGGCAGCUCCCCAGCCCGGGCCCGGCGGCCACCCCGGACCAGGAGGUACUAGCCCAACUGGGGGCGCGGGGCCCGCCUGAGGCGGGAGCCAAUGAGAAGGGCGCUCCGCCAGCGGGGCCCAAUGGCGGCUCCGCCCGCCUUCGAGGCCCCGCCCACCUCUGCCCGGUCGUCCAAUCGGAGGAGGGGGGCGGGACGCGGGUCGGGGAUUUUGCCGCGAAACGGCAUGUAGCCGCGGGGGGGGCGGGUGGAGGGGGAUCUGGAUUUCCCGCCAUCCUCCGCGGCUCCUGCCCCCUCUGCCCGAGGAUUUCCCGCCAUCCUCCGCGGCUCCUGCCCCCUCUGCCCGAGGAUUUCCCGCCAUCCUCCGCGGCUCCUGCCCUCUCUGCCCGAGAAUUUCCCGCGAUCCUCCGCGGCUCCUGCCCCCUCUGCCCGAGAAUUUCCCGCGAUCCUCCGCGGCUCCUCCUUAGCCAUCCCUUCUCCUCAUCCCACUCCGGGGGCUCUUCCCGGUCUCCUGAGGGAUCCCAUCCCGCUUUUACCUCCAUUCCCGGUCCCCGGGGGGCAGGCAGGAUGGGGCUCCUGCGGGCCGCCACCCUGAUGGGCCGGUCCUUGAGGGUUAUUUCCCGUCAGGUCCAGCCGUCCAAGAAGGCCAAGGCGAAGGCCCCCUCGUCGCCGCCCGCUUGGCCGCUGAGCCCCGAGCAGUUGGAGCGGAUCGAGAGGAACAAGGCGGCUGCUUUGCUGAGGCUCGCCAACCGACAUGCCCCCGUCGGCCUGGGCGACGGCUGGAAAAGACAACUCUGCGGCGAGUUCUCCAAACCCUACUUCAUCAAGCUAAUGGGAUUUGUAGCAGAAGAAAGAAAGCGUCAUACUGUUUAUCCACCUCCAGAGCAAGUUUUCACAUGGACCCAAAUGUGUGACAUUAAAGAUGUGAAAGUUGUCAUCCUGGGACAGGAUCCAUAUCAUGGGCCCAGUCAAGCUCACGGACUCUGCUUCAGCGUUCAGAAACCUGUGUCUCCCCCACCCAGUUUAGAAAAUAUUUAUCGAGAGCUGUCUACAGAUGUGGAAGGCUUCUCCCAUCCUGGCCACGGAGAUUUGUCUGGUUGGGCUAAGCAAGGCGUCCUGUUGCUCAACGCCGUCCUGACGGUCCGGGCGCACCAAGCCAAUUCUCACAAGGAAAGGGGCUGGGAGCAGUUCACGGACGCUGUGGUGUCCUGGCUCAAUGAGAACCUGGAUGGGCUCGUCUUCAUGCUGUGGGGAGCUUACGCUCAGAAGAAAGGCAGCUCCAUUGAUAGGAAACGCCACCACGUACUCCAGACUGCACAUCCCUCCCCUCUGUCGGUGCACAGAGGAUUCUUUGGAUGCAAGCACUUCUCGAAAACCAAUGAAUUGCUGAAGAAAUCUGGCAAGAAACCAAUCGACUGGAAAGAGCUUUGAAACUAGACACUGCAGCUGUACUGUGGUGGUUUCUAGUGGUCUUCUUUCGGAGAAUCUGCCGUUGAGGAAUGUAUGUAAGGUGAACUGCAACUUUGAGAGGAAUUGGUUUAUGCCUUUGUGCCUUUGUAAAUCCUUGAGCAGUAACCUGUGUGAAAACAGGUGGGCAGUGGUUUGAUGACCAUUUUUUCUCUUUAGAAUUUGGCUCACUGACUGGCUUCCUAACACAGUAGCAGGGCUCUUUAAGUUGACGCUAAAUGUGGCCGUAAUUGUGCCUUCUAAGGCUACUUACUGGUGAUCAAACCUCCUUUUAUCCUUCUCUUACCCUCAUCCUUCCAAGCAUUUCCAUUACUGUUAAUGAGAUUUGUUUGCAAAAACGCACCUUUGUAUAUACAGUGUAAAAGCUACCUUGUAUGUUGACAGCCACUGCAGCUUAUUUUUGAGAGGUUAACGGGGGUUUCAAGAUGUUUUUCCCGAUUUCCCUGUUUAAUUUUAAAAUGUACUCUAGUGGGCAUUGUGACCAAGUGCACUGCACCCUAGGAUGUACCUUUAAUUUACCGAGAAGGUUGACAGAACAUCUGUUUUGCACAGUGCCUAAAAAUGGUCACAAUGGGUUCUAGAAAUCUUAGGGUAACAGAAAACCUCCUCCAAUAAAUCAAGGAAUUCCAGGUUUGGGCAAGUUUCCUUUCUAAGAGAAAGUGCAGUGAACUGGUACCUUUUUUUUUUUUUGAACAAUUAAAUUAAUCUAGGGAGCAUUUCAUAUGUUUGCUCCAAAAUAGCCAGGGUUUGUCAAGGGGAAGAUACACCCUUAAUUUUUUUUUUCUUUUUUUUUCCUUCCCUGAGCCCGUUUCUACAUUUCAAUUUCAGAGUUUCUGUCUGCUAGCCUAUAGUGCCUAACUUGAGACUUUUCUUCUUAUGAAUCCGGGAAAGUUGGAAGCCUUAACAGAGCACAUUGAGACCUUUUUUAUGGGAUCACAUCUCCCGUGACAAUUGGCACUGUUUACUUCUAUGGAAUACAGGUAAGGGAAGGAGAGGUGGAAGAUUUUGUAUAUGGAUUUUCCUGUUCUGGAAGAAAUACACUCCAUGUCGUUUAAUACGCUCAUCUCAGGGAGCAGUCCGUUUUCAAGGCAGCUCUUAACUUUUAGCUCUUAGAGAUUAUAAGAGUCCGUUGUUCCUUUGUUGGUAAUACCGGGAGACCUGUUCUUACUAGUUUGUUUUUACUGUGAUGGCGAUUACCCCAAGUUUCAAGAAAAAGCUCUUUUUAAACCUUCAGUUCAACAGCGGUGGUCAUUUGAAGUCAGCACUGAAAAGAUGUCCAGUGCUGUUUCCUGCCAACUGGAUUAGGAGCAAACUUGGGGAAAUUUGGUAAUAAACAAUUGUCGUGUUUCAC